CAGGGGCUGCGCACCAUCUGUGUCGGAUGCACUUGAGUGCUUGUUUGAAGAAGGCUCGUUUUGGGGCCCCCCCGAGACCCGCCCAAGCAGAACAUCCGGAGAUGGGGUUCCGGAGUGUAUAUUUGAAUCGGCGCAUCUCCCAACUGAAUUUUGUACAACGUGAAGUUUGAAAAACGCUGUUUUAAAGCGACACCCGGAGAAGAUGCUAUUGCUCUUCCCCGUCAUCAGGAAAGCUCAUGGGUUGGUGAGGAAGGCCCCCUCCACGCCGAACAAGUAGCUGUCACAUCUCCUUGAUUUAUCAACAGUCUGCAAUUUCUUCCCUGCCAAAAUGACAUCAUUUUCCACCUCUGCCCAGUGUUCAACUUCUGACAGUGCUUGCAGGAUCUCUGCAGAACAGACCAAUCAGGUACGACCAAAACUGCCACUUUUGAAGAUUUUGCAGGCAGCAGGUGCACAAGGUGAAAUGUUCACUGUUAAAGAGGUCAUGCACUAUCUCGGCCAGUAUAUAAUGGUGAAGCAGCUUUACGACCAGCGGGAGCAGCAUAUGGUGUACUGCGGGGGAGAUCUUCUGGGAGAGCUGCUGGGGCGUCAGAGCUUCUCCGUCAAAGAUCCGAGUCCUCUCUAUGACAUGCUAAGAAAGAAUCUGGUCACUUUAGCCACUGCUACUACAGAUGCUGCUCAGACUCUCGCUCUCGCACAGGAUCACAGUAUGGAUAUUCCAAGUCAAGACCAACAGAAGCAAAGUUCAGAAGAAAGUCCCAGUUCCAGGAAAAGAACGGAAGAAGGGAAUAUUCCUACACCGCCUACCUCACAACAUAAAUGCAGAAAUUCUAGGGAAGGUGAAGACUUAAUAAAAAACUUAACCCAAGGUGAGACCUCUAAGCUGGACCUUGGGUUUGAGGAGUGGGAUGUAGCCGGGCUGCCGUGGUGGUUUUUAGGAAACCUGAGAAACAACUAUACACCUAGAAGCAAUGGCUCGACUGAUUUACAGACAAAUCAGGAUAUAGGUACUGCCGUUGUUUCAGACACCACAGAUGAUUUGUGGUUUUUGAAUGAGUCUGUAUCAGAGCAGUUCGGUGUGGGAAUCAAGGUUGAAGCCGCAGAUAGUGAACAAACAAGUGAAGAAGUAGGGAAAGUAAGAGACAAAAAGGUGAUUGAAGUGGGGAAAAAUGAUGACCUAGAGGACUCCAAGUCCCUAAGUGACGAUACAGAUGUAGAAGUUACCUCUGAGGAUGAGUGGCAGUGUACUGAGUGCAAGAAAUUUAACUCUCCAAGCAAGAGGUACUGUUUCCGUUGCUGGGCCUUGAGGAAGGAUUGGUAUUCAGAUUGCUCUAAGUUAACCCAUUCUCUCUCCACGUCUGACAUCACUGCCAUACCUGAAAAGAAGGAAAGUGAAGGAAUCGAUGUCCCUGAUUGCCGAAGAACCGUAUCCGCUCCAGUCGUACGACCUAAAGAUGUGUAUACAAAGGAGGAAAACCCUAAACUUUUUGAUCCCUGCAACUCAGUGGACUUCUUGGAUUUGGCCCACAGUUCGGAAAGCCAGGAAACCAUAUCAAGCAUGGGAGAACAAGCAGAUCACCUUUUUGAACAGAGAACAGAAACAGAAAACAUGGAGGAUUGCCAGAAUCUCUUGAAGCCAUGUAGUCUGUGUGAAAAAAGACCACGAGAUGGAAAUAUUAUUCAUGGGAGGACAGGCCAUCUUGUCACUUGUUUUCACUGUGCCAGGAGACUGAAGAAGGCCGGGGCUUCGUGCCCUAUUUGCAAGAAAGAGAUUCAGUUGGUUAUUAAGGUUUUUAUAGCGUAGCUGACUCAGUGAAUUGCAGAAGAUAUUAACAGGGCUAAGUCAUGUUUCAAAAUGUCAGUAUUGAGCAUCUCUACUCAGUAUAACCCAAAGCAUGUUUAUUUAUUUAGGUCAACAUCUGUGUUCCCCAACAGUUUUGCUUCUAAACUUACGUAGAAUUUGAGAAUGAGUUCUUUAGAACUAGAUUGCCAAUUCGGGAGACACCGUUAACAUGAAAAGAUAGGUAAACUGCUCACUUUGUUCUCUCUUUAAAAAUGAGGAUCUGGGAGAGAGCAGCUGCCAGUACUAACAAAAAUACAUUAAUUCGCUCACUUACCAAAUUACUUGAAGAUUUACUAUUUCUUUAGUUACUUUUAUUCCUGGUUUUGUUUUGUUUUCCCCUGUUAGGGAAUGUUAUUAGGCAUUAAGAUCCAGUGCGGCUAUUAGAAAAAUAUUAAAGCUAACAAUGAACAAAACAAAUAAUAAAUUUGAUUAAUCAGGUUAUGUAAUGCUAUAGAUUGUUGCAGUCAGGCUGCACAAUUCAGAUAAGCUGAAAGAAAAGUCUUGAAAAACAAGCUUUCUUCCAUGUCUGUCUAGAACAAUGGUAUUGAACAUUUUUGCUAAUAUACUUGUAAAAGAAUUUUGAAAAAGUAUAUAUAACCUUUUGCACAUUUUACACCACGAGGUGGCAGACAGAAUGUCCCCUUCUGGUGCGUUGCUGCGGCAUCCGAGUAGCCAGCCUAAAACAGGCAGUGGAACGUUCCUGUCCGCUUGGAAAGCUCCCUUGCUCCUCUUUCCAAGCAGUUCUCCCUCCAUUUCCUGGCUCUCAUUCUAGGUUAGCUGUCCUUUUGCACAUGUUUGAUGUAACAUGUACAGUUUAAAAAUACCUUUAAGUACUUACAAAGGAUACCCUAUCCAAUAUAUUUAUAUGUGCCUUAAAAAUAUUUUUCUUAAAGCCUUGAAGCUGUAGAUUAGUUGAUUAAAGUUCUAGGAAAAGUCCUGUCAUAUGUAGCAAAGUUGUUCUCAUUUUAAAACUCAUCAGCCAAAUCUGAUUUCACUUUCAGUCAGCAAAUGUUUGACUUUAUUUUUAAAAAUAAAUGCACGAACACAGUUCUGGCAUAACCUUAUGGUUUAAGGUAGAUGAGGCACAGAAAUUUUAACCUAAGCUCCCUUUUGCUUUACUCUGUCCUCAUUAUCCUCUGAGAAUCUUCUAGAGGUUUUUUGUUGUUCUUUUAUUUGAUGCCUCCAGAGGUUUUUUUACAUUCUGAGGCAAUGGUCCAUAGUAAGAUUCUAGAUGGGUGAGAGGCAGGCUUUCUUUUGGAAAUAGGGAGUAUGGCAGUUGUGAAAAGGAUAAUAAAGAAAAACAGUAGAUCUGAA